AUGGGCUACACACGAAAGCAUAUAGUCAAUCGCCGGAACGUGAAUGGCUGUAAAGCUGACUCCUAUGACUGUGAUAGAGACUCACAGGAGCAACAAGCCGACAGUACGCGAGAAACAGGAAUGCAGACUUGUGUCAACGAAGAUGGUACCACCAGCAGCUAUUUUGACAAGCGGAAACUCAAGAUUGCACCAAGAUCUACACUUCAAUUCAAAGUGGGACCCUCCUUUACAGUCGCGAAAAAUUACUUUCGGGUGCUUAACGCAACCACGCAGCAAGAGGUGAAAGUUUCUUUGAUUCCAAGAAUCGACAGAGGUUUCGAUUUUAUCGACAACGAAUGGAUUGGGUACAAGCGCAACUAUUUCACUCUUGUAACAUCUUUCGAAGCCUCCAUGCCUACAGACGAGUUUCUACGCAGCGGGUUCCUUGCAGUAGGUGAAGAUGGUAACAAUAGUCACGUGCCUAGUCGCAUACUGUAUUUUGCCGUGAAAAUUGUUGCCAUGUGCGACGAGGACAAGUCCGAAAUUAAUCUAGUACAGCACACCGCCAAGCGCGACAAAGGACCGCAAUUCGCACCGCCUUUGCAUGCUUUAGUGCCCGCAGAGCUUCCGAACCAUCAGACCAUACGAGACGCCUCUAAUGUUCGAAACGAAACCAAAAUGAAGAAAUAUGAUUCUCUGUUUUUUUAUCACCGCGACGAGGUCGGUGGCCAAGUCGGCAAGAACGCCAUUCUUUCGACGUAUCCGGAAGAUCAAAUACGGAAAGUGGCGCGAUACGAGAGAGUUCAAUUUUCUUCAUCCAUCAAUGCCAAAAAACCUUCCCAUCAGAAUAAGCAUUUCAUUUUGAGAGUCGUCCUAGGAUGCGUCGUUGAUGGAACGCAAUUAGGUCGAAAUUUAGGCUCGCAGUAUAAAGGCCUUGACUGUCUUAUGGGAAGCGGUAAGGAAACUUUUAUUCCAGUCUCAGAGAUGCGUACGCCGCCACUCGUCAUUCGUGGGAGAUCACCUUCUAACUACACCGGCCAUGCGAGUAACAAUCCUCAGCCAACCCGUCGUGCAGAAGGUUGUGCGAGCCAAGCGCGAGAAAUGUCCUCGUCCACAAGCGAUCACAAUUUCGAAAAACCUCUCAAGAGAUCUUUGAGAUCUGUAGACAGCUACAGUCUGAAAAACAUCACGAACCGAUAUAAUGAAAAUAUCCAAAGGCCCGCUCUUCCUCGUCCAGAGAUUAGAAACGUUGUCCUGGACGAAAAUGGGGAAGAGAUCGCUCCUCAAACAAUGUCUUAUAUUGAGAAAGUCCUGAAUAGAAAUUACGUGGCAACGAAUACAGUGUCCAGUUCUGACGGUAAAACCGAGUUGCUCCCACGACCAGCAGCUCUUCUGGCACCGAUCAUAGGAAUGAAGGAUAUUGAACUGCGACCUAUACUCAAUUUUUCGUAUCACCGAAAUUACGAUUCGGAGCCAGUGUCCAUUUCGAGACUUGACCCAUUCUCAAUGAACGACGAUCAUUUUGAUAAUCGCCGUAUGAGUGUCUUCUCGAUGCUGUCGCGUCCACCUUCUGAGCAAUGCGAAAAGAGGAGAAAAUUGCAAUCGAAAGCAAGUGCAAGUGACAGUCGUAACCGUACCGCACAUGCGUCUCGGGACCUAGGUGGAGAGGACAGUUUCGAUUUCACCAAUCCUGAGACUUCUUACAACUACCACCAUUGUUCCAACAUAUCGAAAGAGAUGGAAAGUGGCAGCGUCCCACGACUCGCGAAUGCUAAUCCCAUGGAUAUUUCAUUUUGUUUGGGUCUAGAUGCCGAUCCAAACAUGCUCCGCGGUCCAUUGCCUUCCAAAAAUUACGGGCGGCGUUUAUUCACUGCCAACGCAAAACCAAGUGAUGUGCUAAUAGGCGGCGAAUUAUUUGACGAACCAAGCUUUUAUCACCAGUAG